AUGGAUAGACCAAUUGAUGAAAUCGUUAGAAAUCUAUUAAAAUUCGUUGUAAGAGGGUUUUAUGGAGGCUCUUAUGUAUUAGUAUUGGAUGCUAUCAUUUUCCAUUCUGUUUUAGCAGAGGAAGAUUUGAAACAACUAUUAUCUAUAAAUAAAACCGAAUUAGGUCCACUUAUUGCAAGAUUAAGAGGUGAUCGAUUGAUUACCACUCACAAACAAAGAGAAUAUCCUCCAAAUUCUAAAUCUGUAGAAAGAGUCUACUACUAUAUCAAAUAUCCACAAGCCAUUGAUGGUAUUAAAUGGAAAGUUCAUCAAGUAGUACAAAGAUUAAAGGAUGAUCUAGAUAAAAAUUCUGUGCCUAAUGGUUAUAUGUGUCCUAUAUGUGAAACUAAAUAUACCCAAUUAGAAGCAGUACAAUUAUUGAAUUUUGAUAGAACUGAAUUUUUAUGUUCGUUAUGUGAAGAACCAUUAAUUGAAGAUGAUUCAGGAAAGAAAAAUAAGGAGAAACAAGACAAACUAAAUCGUUUAAUGGAUCAAAUCCAACCUGUUAUUGAUUAUUUGAAAAAAAUUGAUGAUUCCAGGAUCGAAGAGAAUUCAUUUGAAUAUGCAUUGGCUAGGUUAAUUCCUCCACAGAACCAAUCACAUGCUGCAUACACUUUCAAUCCAAAGAAAGGAUCUACUAUGUUUAGACCCGGUGAAACUAAUAAUGCACCACUAGGUAACGAGAAUUCUAGACGUGCCGGUAUAAAUUCACAAGCUACUUUACAUGUUAAUAUUACCACAGCCAGUGAUGAAAUGGCCCAAAGACAAUUAAAGGAAAGACAAGCUGAGGAGAAAAGAAAACAAAAUGCAGUACCUGAAUGGCAUAAACAGAGUACAAUUGGUAAAACUGCACUAGGCAGAUUAGAUGAAGACGAAGAAUUUAAUCCAGAAACCACACAACAAGCUGCAAUGUCGUUAGGACAAGCAUCUUACAGUAGUUACAAUAGCUACAACAAUUAUGGAAGAGGCAAUGGUUUUUAUGGAGGGAAUAACAAAUAUUAUAAUAACCGUAAAUUAACUGAAUCAGAAUUAGAAGAAAGAGAAAAUGAGAGAACAUUAGCAGAUUAUUACGCCAAGUUAGCUAAACAACAAGCAGAAAAACAGAAAAGACAGGCAGAGAAAAGUGAGGACGAAAAUGACGAAUUAGAAUUAUUGGACGAAGAUAAUAUGGUAGACGAAUUUGAAGAUGUAGAAUCUACUAAUAAAGAGGCUAAACUUUCAGAAGAUAUAAUCCCAGCAUCACUUAGAAACAAUAUUGUUGAAGAAGUGGAUGAAGAUGAAUUUGAUGAUCAAUUUGAUGACGAAUUUGAGGAUGUGGAUCAUAUAGAGGCACUUGAAGAAUCAAUGCAAGAACAAAAGCCUACAAAACAGGACAAUUCGACAUCUCUUCAGGCAGAAACUAGUGAAGGUACAGAUGAUAAGAAGAAUUCCAAGAACGAUGCUAAUAAUGGUGAGGAAGAAGAAAUAGAAGUUCCAUUUGAAGAUGUGUAA